UUUCAACUUGAAGUGUUAACAUGAAACUAUUUGUAUUGGCAAUAUUUUUGGUGGCGGUGACAUCAGCCGCCCCACAAUUUGGAGGUGGUAACGCAAAUGCAAAUGCAAAUGCAAAUGCACAGGCUCAAGGAUUUGGUGGCGGAGGCUUUGGCGGUAGACCUGGCGGUUUUGGCGGUCCUGGCUUUGGAGGUGGAAACCGAGGACCUGGCGGAUUUGGAGGCGGUCCUGGAUUUGGAGGUCCUGGAUUCGGAGGUGGCUUUGGAGGCCGUCCAGGCUUUGGAGGCGGUCCCGGCUUUGGAGGCGGUCCCGGCUUUGGAGGCCGUCCAGGCUUUGGAGGCGGUCCCGGCUUUGGAGGCGGUCCAGGUUUUGGAGGCGGUCCAGGCUUUGGCGGCGGAUUCGGUGGAAACCGAGGAGGAGGCUUUGGCGGCGGUCCAGGUUUCGGAGGUGGCGGCGGUGGUUCUUCAUCAGCCUCGGCUUCAUCAAGUGCAUCGGCAGCUGGCGGUGGUGGACGCGGCGGCGGUGGUUCCUCAGCCUCAGCAAGUUCCUCCUCAAGCGCUUCCGGCGGUGGACGUUUCGGUUAAGUCAAUAUAGUGAAAUAAUUUAUAAGUAAAUGACUGUGAAUAAAAUACAAGAAAAAUUUAAGAAUUUAA